AUGCCUUCUGCUGCACCCGAGACCGUUUCUAGCAAUAUUCUCGGCGGAGAUGCCCAAAGCCGUCCACGUCUAUCAGAACCCUUGACUUACACGGGUAGUCUUGAUGACAUUCCUCAACUUGACGUCACCCCUGUCAUUGGCCGUGAGUACAAUGGUCUUCAAAUUAGAGACCUCUUGCAAUGGGACGAGAGACACAUCCGUGACCUUGCAGUCACUAUUUCUCAGCGAGGUGUUGUCUUUCUGAAGAACCAGGAUGUCACUCCUCAAGAGAUGAAGGAGUUUAUGCUGCGGCUCACAGAGGUUGCUGGGUGCCCUGCUAGCUCAGGUCUGCAUGUGCAUCCUUUGACUGAAGAGGGCAGUGAGUUGGGUGAUCAGAUCAGUGUUAUCUCAAGUGAGAAGCAGAAGAAGGGAGGUGGUUUGACACAUCAGCUCAGCGAUGUAAGCCGAUAUGCAUCUGCUGGAUGGCACAGCGAUAUUACCUUUGAGAAAGUUCCCUCGGACUAUGCUAUGCUCAAGAUUCACACUCUACCAAAGACAGGUGGUGAUACGGUAUGUCUUUGCGACUCAGAGGUCCAACCAACCCGUGUUGCAUGGUUCUGUUCUUUCCGUCACCUACAUCUUGCUAACUUGAAGCAGCUCUGGGCAUCCGGAUAUGAGGUCUAUGAUAGACUCUCAGACCCCAUGAAGAAGUUCCUCGAAGGAUUGACCGCGACUCAUGAUGCCAGCUUCUUCCACGACGAGGCACGACGCCUAGGAAACCCGAUCCGCAAGGGUAUCCGUGGCUCUCCUCUAAACCAAGGCGAGAACCUCACAUCAGUCCAUCCUCUUGUUCGGACAAAUCCAGUCACAGGCUGGAAGUCAGUGUUUGUCAACAAAGGCUUCACCAAACGCAUCAACGGAUUGUCAAAAGAUGAGAGCGAUACACUACUAGCGUACCUCUUCAACCUAGUGACACAGAACCACGAUGCCCAGGUCCGGUACCGUUGGAGCAAGAAUGAUCUUGCGAUUUGGGAUAAUAGAUCAACCUUCCACUGCGCGACGUAUGACUAUGAGGAAGCGAGAGCUGGAGAUCGAGUUUGUAGUCUUGGCGAAGCGCCUUAUCUUGAUCUGAAUAGCAAGAGUCGCAGGGAAGCACUCGGUAUCUGA